AGUAAAGUUGUGUGACACACAAUAGUCAACAAUUGACUUAUUAUACUAGGAGUUAAUACCACCACAACGGAGGAAAUGGAAUUAUAGUUUAAUUUUUUUUCCAUGAAAAUGUGGCGUUGUCUAAUCCUUCGGAUCGGACCCGAAGGUUGUUGACCCGUCGUGGAAAACUGGGAAACAAAAAAAAUAUUUAGUUAAAAAACGUUCAAACCAACCUGCUGUCCGUGUCUACUAAUAAGUCCUAAUUUAUGAACAGUUUAAAUCAAAAAUAAAACGAUCGAUAUCAUGGUGAAUAAGUGCAGUGUGACUUGUUGCAAAAGCCUGUACGAGAAGGACAAUGUCAAAGUUAGAUUACACAGAUUUCCUUUAUCGGAUCCAGAAAUACUACCUGCAUGGAUAGCUGCCACCGGCAGAGAAAAAGAUUGGAAACCUUGUAAAAGUAGUAGAUUGUGUGGUAAUCAUUUUGAAAAAUCUGAAUACAUAAUUGGCCAUGGCAAAGGUGUUUUAAAGACAAAAUCAGUCCCAACAAUUGAAUAUCGUGCAAAGGUUAUGAAAUACAACAAAAGGAAGCCAUUAAAUCCAAGUAAUGAUGAGGAGAAAACAAACAUAGAUUCAAAAAUCGAGUCAGAGGAUAUUAGUGAUACAAAUGUUGAAAUUGUUCAACUUGACUAUGAUGAUUUAAAUAAUGAACAUCAAAAUAAGGAUAAAAAUUGUGAAAAUGGAGAAUCAUAUUGUAAAAACAAAAGUGAUAAAAUAAAAGAUGAAAGUUGUACAAAAAAAAAUAAAUACCUUAAUUUUUCAAACUCUGAGAAUGGUCAUGAAAAUAAAGAUGAUUCUAAUUGUGACGAGGCCCCCAAAAAUGAAUAUGAAGAUUUCAACAAUGAAAUAAAAAAUGAUAUUUGUAACAGAGAAAACCAAUGUUACAUGUUUACAAGCAGUUUCAAAGAAGGUGUUGAACCUAUAGUUUUGACACCUCCAGAUGAUAAAUCAUCUGAAGGAACAUUAAGUUUGAAUUUUGACAAAUCAAUAGCGGAUUCAAAUUUUAAAAAAAUUAUGGCUUUAAGAUUGAAAAAACAACGACGGACUCAAGAUAUUUAUUCAUUGUACUUUAAGACUUUGAAGAAAAGAAACUUUCUUCUAAAACAUGAAAGGAAACGAAGUUCUUUUAACAAUGAUACAGUUUCAUUUGCUACUUUUAUAGAAGCUCAAAUGAAAGAUUUACGUAAAAAUAAAAAAGUUUAUUUAACUACAAAACACAAAAUUCAAAAAAUAUUAAUGAAAGCACAGCUUGAAAUAGAAAAUUUAGUCCAAUUUAAUCAAGUUUAAAAAUAAAAUUUUUAGUAAUUGUUUUUAUUUAAUUUUAAAAUAUUAUACUAUUAUUAUUAUACAUAGUGUAGAAAAAUUAUUAAUUUUAGAUUGUAGAAAAAUAUUUUUUUAAUAUGUAAACCUCA